AUGGCGCUCUACGUCUGGGGCCACAACACGUCGCAGCAGCUCGGACUCGGUGUCGCCGACGACCAAGUCGUCGAAGUGACGCAAGUACAAGCGCUACGCAAUGAAGUGAUCGUGGCUUUUUCGGCCGGGGAGCGCCACUCACUCGCACUGAACGAAUUCGGCCACGUGUUUGCCUGGGGCCGCGGCCGAGAGGGUCAACUCGGGCUGGGCGACGUCAUUGGCGUCACUGGGGCCGUGUCGACGCCUCGUCGCAUUCAUGACGCACUGGCCAGUCACUUUGUUACGAACGUCUCAUGUGGCGACUCGCACUCACUGGCGCUCACGGUCUCAGGUGACGUGUUCAUGUGGGGGCUAUUGCCCGUGACCAACAUUCUGCCGCAUGCUACGGAUGACGCGUCGGACCGACAGACAGUCGCGCUGAUGGGCCUGUCUCAGGCAGAAGUGCCGCGGGGUAGGGUUGAAGAAGAAGAAGAAAAAGACGGGGCGCCGGCCAUGCGUCACCCAGGAGGUUCGCGCGUCAUGGCUCGUCUGCUGGAUUCCAUGCACGACGUCUAUGAACACGCGACGAACGACGAGAACAUUAAGGUGCAGACGGUGCGUGCGUCGUGCCGGACGCCCCGUCUAUGCACCGGUGUACUUGUGAGACAAGUUGUGACCAACAUAGCCGCGGGAUUCGCCCAUUCUUUGGUCACGACGCGCGACGGGGCGGUCUUUAGCUGCGGAUACAAUGAUAAUGGGCAAUUAGGCCUUGGCACGAGACGCCAUGCAGCUGAAUUCCAGCGUAUUGAGGCCCUGGAGACGUAUCGUAUCGACCAUAUUGCCUGUGGGCAGCAACACUCGCUCGCUUGCUCGAGACUUUUGGAUGCUUCGACUCGUUUGAAUGACCAUGACGAUGUGCGAUCCGGCGUGUGUUUCUCGUGGGGGUUUGGAGUCCUCGGGCAGCUUGGAACGGGCGCUCACAUCGCGUGGAGUCCACAAGAAGUGAAACUCGUGCGCCCAGCCGUUUCUGUUGCAGCAGGGAGUCACCAUAGUGUUGCAGUCACAGAUGAUGGCAACGUGUAUACGUGGGGUCAUAGUGAAUACGGCCAGCACGGCGCUGGUGAGACGUUUAACGAUCUCCAGCACAGCGCUCACUACUUUUUCCCUCGAUUGCAACAAGCGCUUGCUGACGAUCCUCAUAUCCACGUGGAAAGCGUGAGCUGCAGUUCACACGCGACGUUUGCAUUGACGCGGGAUGGGUCGCUCAUGUCGUGGGGCUGGAAUGCUUUUGGCGUCUUGGGUAAUGGCAAGUACCAGCACUCGGUGCACCCUCAGCGAGUCUUUGGACUCAAGGAUAACGUCGCUGUCGCAGUCGGAGCAGGAUCGAACCACUGCGCAGUGGCCGUGCGACCACGUGGAGCUCAUUACUCGCUGAGCUACGAUCGGGUACUUGCAAACGUGGAUUUCGCCGACCUCGUGUUCACUGUAGGAGCGCCAUUGAAACUCGAGCGCAUCAAAGCUCAUCGGGUCGUUCUGUGCGCGCGUAGCAGCUACAUCCGAGGAUACUUGCGCAUUUUGGAUCAGACCGUUGACUCUCAAGCGAUUCAAAGUGGCGAACAUGGUAGCAAAAAAGAAGGAGAUGGAGACGAAGACGUGGUUGCUAUCGACUUGUUCCAGGACGUUGAUGCGCAGGUUGUCCACGCUUUCUUGACGUUCUUGUACACCAGUCGUCUCGAAGUUGUCAGUCAUAAGCGAAAGGCGCUAGGCAAGUUUGCAAGCAGCGUCUGCUGCGAUGCACUCGUGGUGUUGUGCCUUGACACGUGGCGUAAAGAACGAGUAGCGUCGCAAUCAUCGUCCUCUUUACGGCCUUCAGGAUCCCCCUUAGGAGACCAAUCUGCUACUUCGGAAGCGCGACAAUUUGGGGAAGAUAUGCAGAGAAUGGUGCUGUCUGAAGCACUUGCAGACGUCGUGUUGCUAUGGCCGAUCGAAGAGGAUCCAGCCGUCAAGACGUUCGAGCGUUUACCAGCACACAAAGCUGUGCUUUCACAAGUCAAGUACUUCCGCACGAUGUUCAUGGGUGGCUUCAGGGAAGGCAAGACGUUGCAAAGGACAAUAGGGGACCCGACAGACUCGAUCCAUGAAGUCUCACUGCAGUAUAUGCACCGCGACGGCGUCUCGCUCGAGGCGUUCAAGAGACUAUUGCUCUGGAUUUACACGGGCAGCUUUGAGCUCUUGAGCGCCCAACUCGAUGAACCAAGCGAGCUCAUGGAUUUGUAUGUCGGUGCAAGUCUCCUUGGUCUCACGGUGCUGGCCAACAGAUGCGAGCUGCAGCUCGUAGAGCUUUUGCCUCAGCUAGGUACCGACUCGUUGCGAGCAUGCGAAGAUUUCGCCGAGCGAUACGACGCCCAGCGAUUGCAGAGUAUGAGCCAGCAGGUGCUCAAGAAACAGCUCUCGACGAAUGAUUGA